AUGUUUCAGGCUAUUUUAAUUUUCUGCUGGGUUUAUGUGCGCAAGUAUCAGAGUCGUCGAGAAAGUGAAGUGAUUUCUACCAUAACGGCUAUCUUCGCAUUGGCAGUUGCUCUUAUCUCGUCAGCAUUAUUACCAGUGGACAUCUUUUUGGUUUCUUAUAUGAAAAAUCAAAAUGGUACAUUUAAGGACUGGGCUGAUGCUAAUGUUUCAAGACAAAUUGAAGACACUGUACUUUAUGGAUACUACACUUUGUACUCCAUCAUACUGUUCUGCGUCUUUCUGUGGAUUCCCUUUGUCUACUUCUAUUACGAGGAGAAGGAAGAAGAUGAUGGCAACACAUGCUCACAGGUUAAAACUGCACUCAGAUAUACUCUGGGAUUCAUCACAAUUUGUGCAAUUCUUCUCUUAAUUGGUGCUUUUGUUCCUUUGGAUAUUCCCAACAAGAAGAAUUCCACGGAGUGGGAGAAAGUGAAGCUCCUGUUUGAAGAAUUUGGAAGUAGUCAUGGCUUGACUGCUCUUUCAUUUUCCAUUAGCUCCUUGACUGUGAUUGGAAUGUUGGCAGCUAUCACUUACACAGCUUAUGGUAUGUCAGCAUUGCCUCUAAACUUGAUUAAGGGAACUACCAGUGCAGCUUAUGAACGUUUAGAGAACACUGAAGACAUUGAAGAAGUGGAGCAACAUUUAUUAAGGAUUAAAUCAAAGUGCAGAGAUGGUCGGCCUCUGUCAUCAAGGGAUAGACGGACUGUACAACAACUAGAAGAGAGACUAAGGACACUUCGGAGGAGAGAGAGGCAUCUGGAGUCUAUUGAGAAAAGCUGGUGGACAAAGUUCUGUGAAGCUAUCCGACCUCUAAAG